AUGCAGCCAGCCUCUUACCACUCGGAGCCCCAGUACGAGGAAGAGGCCAAGCCGUUCGCUUACGACUACGCCGUCAACGACCACUACACCGGCACUAACUUCGCUAAGAACGAGAAGAGCGAUGGCCACAACACCCAGGGAUAUUACUCGGUGGCUCUGCCCGACGGCCGUGUCCAGCACGUGAAGUACGUCGCCGAUAACUACGGCGGCUACAACGCUGAGGUCACCUACGAGGGAGAGGCCCAGUACCCCGAGUACCAUCCCGCCCCUGCCUACAAGGCUUCUGCCCCUGCCUACAAGGCUGCCGCCCCUGCCUACAAGGCUGCCGCCCCGGCCUACAAGGCUUCUGUCCCUGUCUACAAGCCUGCUUACAGCUCCCCCACCCCGGCGUACAAGGCCGCGGCAUAUUAG